CUUUCCUUUGACCACGGUCCAUUGGAAAAAGACCUUUAUUAAAUCUUCACCAGCUCACCUGUGACCACUUUGACUUUUAAUGCUUACGUACUUUGACUCAAGUAAUACUCCUUCCGCCACUGCGCAACAACCGAUUAACACUUUAACUUGUCUGUUGCUUCAGGAGGAGGAGGAGGACGACGACGACGCAGACGCCACAGUUGGACAAACGGCGACCGGCAGGGAGGAGAGGCGCCGUUCUUCCCUACGGCGCCAGACCUUCUUCCGCCGGGUUCUACGCGCCGCCUUCCCCCUGCACCUGCUCUUCUUCACCCUGCUGGUUCUGACUGGCCUGCUGCCUAUGUCCGAAGACCACCGCAGCUGUACGCUGGCCAACAACUUGGCCCGCUCCUUCUACCCCACGCUCCGCUACAUCGACGGCCCUCCGCCAACGUGAAAAAACAAGCGCCCGUCUUGUGUUUUUUGGACUCCGUGUUUUUGCCCUACUUCAAAAUGUAUUUAUUCUUUGUUUCUUGACUUCCGCGGUUGUGUACAAUAAAAUAUGUGCUUGCUUUCAAAGUUUUGUCCGUUUUCCACUUUGCCUCAGUCUGUGGGAUCUUAUUUCAAGGCUAAAGGCCAGUCGUUACCACAGUACGCCGGACAUUUCUACUGUUUUCUCAUGUUGUACCUGUUUGAUUUCCAGAGAUUUCAAAAGCCACGAGCUGUAAGAUAUACCUGUUUUUGUCGGAUAAUGUACUUUUCAACGGCGUUGAUGAUUUUUGUACAAAAGGGCAAACUACUGAGAAUAAAAUAACUACAUUAUUGUUUCUGCAUACGAGUUUGAGCAUGCUGCUAUAAUAUACUAUAAUAGUUAAAGCGCCGGUGCGAUACAACGACCAUCGUGUUAACUUUAAGGCCAGUGUUUUUGACAUCGUCUUUCCAUAUUUGAGCAGCUCGCUCAACAUUUCCCCCUUAUAAUGAUAGCUAACACGGUAGUGUUCAAAAUCGCUUACUCGCGUAAAGCCAUUUGAUUCUAUGUAAUAUCGCCUGAUUGAUUACAAUUGGUUGAUAUUUUCGCAGCAAUAUUAGCAUUUUAAUUUUACGUAACCCAAACGCUGCUUUGAUGGACCCACGUCAAAAUCUAACGAGCCAGACUCCGGGUGGAAAGUUGUUGGAUCCAUAAUAAGUCUAUUGGUAUUUAUUAAUUUCACUGUAAAAACAAACUAGAUGAUUUGUAUUUACUAGGUCUGUCAAAUUUAAUUUUUAAAUAUUUAACUCGUUAAAAUAAAUUUACAAAAUGAAUGCAGCUGUGUUCGUUUACUUCAUGGGCGGCUAACCUACGACCUAUGUGGUGCCACCCGCCAAACUGUAUAUCACGUGUGGCGCUAAACCGUUAGCCAUCCUGGAUCAAGAUGGAUAGGGAGGGAGUUUUAAUCUAAUUUUGAAGGAUAAAGGGCAGUUGUUACCAAAGCAUCCAGAAAGUGACGACUACACCAGCCAUUUUCUACCGCUGCAGCUAUUUUUACGGUUUUUCAUAGAAGGCAGCCACUUGUCGAUGGCACAUUUUGUACAGAAAACCUUUUUGAAGUAGGGAUGUUUAAAGUGACGAGCUGUAAGAUAUUCCUUUUUUUUUUUUUUUUUUAAACGGCAGUGACUCAGAUGGGCCUUUCUGUAACAGACGCAACUACUGUAACUUUCAGAUAAUGUACUUUAAUGGUGUUGACGACUUUUGUAUAUAAUCUACUGAGAUAUAAACUACUGAGAAUGAAAUAACUAAAUUAGUGUUUCUGCGUACGAGUUUGAGUGUACUACUACUGAAAUCUAUAAGUCAUUUAACACGGGGCAAUCAUUUAAGCGCUGGUGUGAUACAAUGACGUGAUGAUGUUAACUUUAAGGCCAGUGUUUUUGAGAUCAUCUUUGAAUAUUUUAGCAGAUCGCCGAACCUAAAAAGCUUUGCAAAAAAGUUCUCAAAUUAUCACAACAUUAUGUGAUUCUUGACCACUAGGGGACAGAAGGAGUCCCCGAUGUACUAAUCGAGUGCCUUAGCUAACAUAGAAAGAUCAAAAACUGCCUACUUACACAUCCAGCAGACACAGAUUCCUCCGGCAGACACAGAUUCAUCUGGCAGACACAGAUUCAGCCACCUAUGUGCAGCUGUAAAACCAAAACAGUUAGCUAACAGAAGCAAAACGUUGCACUACGGUCAUUUGAUUAAUUGUAAUAUAAUCUAAUUAAGUUAUACUUUAAGAACAAUUCUUAUAUCAUGCAUAACUUACCCAACGCUAUCUGAGCCGUGGAGUCAGGCGUCAAACAUCCAACAGCUUAAAACAAAGACUCAUUUAAAAAAAUACCGUUUGUGGUUUAAACUGAUAUUUACGUGAAUGAUUUACCUGAACGCCGCUUUAAAGCACUUCAGUCACGCCGCGGAAGGACUGAAGUCAUAAUCGGAGUGGAACGUGAAUGUAAUUGAUCCUUGGGCAUUGAAUGUAGCCAUGUACGUGCACCAUCAAAGAUCAUUACAUGUAUUUAAUUUACAUUGUUAUUAUUAUUGAUCAUAAAGAGAGGAUGAUUUGAUUUGAAACUCAGUGUUUGAUCCUAAUUUGUUGAUAUUGUGUAUGAUCAGAACAGAAACAAAGUGUGUAAAGUUGAAUUUAUUUUGUGAACUCUUAUUUAUGGGAUGUAUAGACUACCAUUUGUGAUUGAUUGACAAUAAACUGUUUGCCGUGA